AUGGGUAAUUCGAAAUCCGGUAGACUGUUCGCUGAUGAAUCGCAAUAUGAAUAUGUAGCACCCGGACUGAAUGAUUCACGUUCACCAUGUCCUGCAUUGAAUGCUCUUGCUAAUCAUGGUUAUUUGCCACGAGAUGGCAGAAAUAUCACACCCGAAAUGUUGCAAUUGGCUUUGCAGAAGAAAAUGGGUUUAAGUUGGCUAGCUGCAAGAACAAUUAUUAAACAAGCAUACAAAACUGUGGGCAAAAAUGGUUUACUUUCACUCUCAGAUCUUUCGUUUCAUUCCUCUGAAAGUAUUGAACAUGAUGGCUCGCUCAGUAGACUUGAUGCGACCUUGUCCAAUAAUCAACAAGGAAAAUUCAAUCAAGAACGUUUUAAUAAAUUUCUAUCAUUUUCGAAAGAUGGAAAAUUCUUAACUACGGAAGAUGUGGCUGCCGCUCGUAUAUAUUUUAAAGCAGACAGUCAUGCAAAUAAUCCACAAUGUUUAUGGAAUCAAAGCAUUGAAAAAGCCAUGUGGACGGAAGCUGCUAUUCUUCUCCAUAUUUUGGGCAAACAUGGUCGAAUUAGUAUUGAAGAUGCAAAGUUAUUCUUCGAGAAAGAAACAUUUCCACACGGAUGGCAGAAACAUCCUUCGUUUGGUGUACGUGAACUUUAUUCAGCCACGAAGGCGUUAAAAAAUGCAGCGCAUGAAAUCGAUCACAGAACUGAACAAUCAGAAUGA